AUGGUGAGACAGGUUCUCUUGGACGCCGUGGAUGACUUGACAGUCGAAGAUUUUAAGCGCUUUAAAUUCUUCCUGCGGGAGAAUGACAUCCUCAAAGGAAGAAAAACCCUCAGAAGGGCUGACUUGGAGAAGGCGGACAGGCUGGACACUGUGGAUCUGAUGGUGCAGACCUAUAAACGUGAUGAAGCUCUGGAGAUGACGAAGGACAUUUUAAGAAGGAUCAACAGGAAUGAUCUGGUGGAGAUCUGCAGCUCAGCGGCAGAAGCAGAUGACUGGGGACAGGGGAUAGAUGCAGCUGGAAGCACAGAAAAGGAUGUGUUGAAACGCUCAAAUGCACCAGGGUGUGUUGAAACGCUCAAACGCCAACCUAGACGCAGGAACAAUGGUAUGAAGAAGUGUUUCACUAACUGCCUUCCAUGUUUCCAAGGAACUGAGGAAGACUGUCCUGUGAGGAAUGAGCAGUUUUGUUUAGUGGAUGAACCUGAUGGGGAAGACAGCAGAGCAGCAACAAGUGAACCUUGGGUCAAUACCGUAAUCACACCUGCUACAAAAGUAGAUCAGCUGGAGGAGAGAGCAGCUACGACACAGGUAAAGUGUGACUCAGUUAAUGAUGGAAAACACUCAAAGAAGAAGAAUGACAAAACAGCGAGAGGAGGAGAGUCUGAAAUCAAGUCUGUUCCAUCUGCAACAUGCACCUCAGAUGUGGAUAUGAGUGGAAACAAGGAUAAGUCCGCAUUAGUCUGA